AAAAUAAAUAAAAUGGUUUUGGCAAAAAUAGCAGUAGGAACAGCAGGGGCAGUGACUCUUGGAUAUUUAUUUGUUCCACCAUUCAAUAGAAAACUUGAAAGAAAUGUUCUAAGACCAAUUAGAAAUUAUAGAAGACAUUUACAAUAAGAAGAUUCAUUCAAGACCGAAGAAGAAUUCUAUCAAUUCUUAGGAAGUGUUGCUUUAGGCACAUUGAGGAUGUUUACAAUCGAAAGCGAUUGAAGAAUUAUUAUAUAUUAAAUAAUAUCAAUAAUAUUUAAA